AAUUGGAGGACUGAAACUGAUAAUCUUUUUCUCUAACCCCCACUUCUCCUCCAUUUUCUCCCACAUCUCUUCUUCCUCAUUUUCUACUUUUCAUAGAGCUGGAGAACUGUUGGGUCAGCUGAGUUUACUCUCUUUCAAAUUCUUCAAACCUCCAUAUUCAACAAAUAUGGCUUCCCCAAAAACCCCAAUUUUCGUACCUCUUUUACUCUCAUUUACCCUUCUUUUCUUCACUCUACUAGCUGCUGCAGCUGCAAAAACUCCGACGAAAAAAGUUUUGAACUGUUUACCAUCGGAACUCAUGCAUCUUGCUUCUGCAUGUUUUCCGAUGGAAGAAUCUCCGUUAGAUUCCGAAGAUCUAUGCUGUGAGCUUGUCAAAUCUGUAACCUCCUCUUCAUCGGAAUCCGACCGACACUACGAUUUGAAAGAGUGUCUUUGUACUGCAGCGACGAUAAAUCGAAUAGUUAUUGGGCGUGAUAGAAGGGUUUCUAAAGUCGUCGGAAGUUGUACGGGAGAAACUACAGCUAGGUAUAACUGCUUCUCUGAUAUCUAAAUCGGAAAUGUUUGAAUUACCAUAAAAAAAGAUAAUUAGAUCUGGAUAUUUGUCUUCAGUCUUUUUCAACUCUAUGGGUUUAGAUUUAAAUUUGAAGUGUAAAUUUUUUGUAGUUCUUUAUUUCCAUUUAUGUAUUGUUGCUAAAAAUAUGCAAGAAUGUUUAAGAGAUAUUAUGUGUUUCUUUUAUGGAAUUAGUAAAUUGGUUUUGUUUUGUUCA